UUGUCACUCCCCACCCACUCCUUUCCAACGCACAGCAACAACUGCCCCAACAACCCUCUCAACACCCUCCCCCCCCACCUAACCUGUCGCGAUGGGAAACAUCCUCGGCUGCAUCGCAACAGAGGCCGCCUGCUGCUUCGGAAAGACCGCCUGUAACUGCUUCUGCAAGAUAUGCGGCUCUAGGAGUUCAACGGCGACCCGUGUCGGGUAUGCUUCCAUGUUUGUCGUGACGGCUAUCCUUUCUUGGAUCAUGCAAUCAGACUGGGCGGAGAAGAAACUGGAAGAUAUAUCGCAUGGAUACUUGAAGAUGGAGUGUCCGCAGGGCGACUGUUAUGGGAAUCUCGCGGUCUAUCGGAUCUGUUUUGCGACUACCGUUUUCCACAUCCUCCUAAGCUGCCUAAUGUACAACGUCCGCAGCAGCCGCGAUUUCCGCUCCGGAAUCCAAAACGGGUUCUGGGCCUGGAAAUUCCUCGCCUGGGCCGCCGUCGUCGUGCUGCACUUCUUCAUGCCCAACGAGUACUUCAUGUUUAUCGGCAAAUGGGUCGACAUGCCGGGAGCGUUCGUGUUUAUCCUGUUGCAGGUCGUACUGUUGAUUGAUUUCGCGUAUACUUUUAGUGAGGCUUUGAUUGAAAAAUGGGAACAACACUCCGACAAACGCUACCUGACCCUCCUCCUCACUACCACCUUCCUCUCCUUCCUCGCCUCCCUCGCCCUCACCAUAACCCUCUACAUAUACUUCGCCCCGCCACCCUGCAAACUCAACCAAUUCUUCAUCUCCUUCAACCUCAUCCUCAUCUCCCUAACCUCCCUCCUCUCAAUAACCCCGGCAAUCCAAGACGCCAACCCUAAGAACGGCCUCGCGCAGGCGUCGAUGGUCGCGAUCUACGCGACGUAUUUGGUCGCGAGUGCGAUCGUCUCUGAACCGGUGGAUGUUGAACACGACAACGUAUGCAACCCGACGAACGGGAGCGAGAAAACCCAGACCACCACCCUUGUCAUGGGGACGGUGUUCACCUUCAUCGCGCUCGCAUACUCCACCACGCGUGCAGCCACCCGGGGUGAGAUCCUAUCCACCUCCGCCGGGGACGAAUCUACCCUCCCGCUCAUCAACGACCACCAAGGAUCGUCGCGGUCGUCGCAUGUGAGGUCGGCGGUGGAGAGUGGGGCGUUGCCUUCGAGUGCGUUGUAUGAUGAUGAUGAGGGGGAGGAUGGGGAGGAUUCGUCCUUUGGACCACCGAAAGAUGAUGAGAAGGAUGGCGUGCAAUACAGCUAUGCGUUCUUCCACGCCAUCUUCGCGCUGGCUUCUAUGUACCUGGCGAUGCUGAUGACUGCCUGGAACUACGUAGACAAAACAGACGGGAUCGCCGUCGUCGGGAAGAGCAUGGGCGCGGUGUGGGUGAAGAUUGUCAGCGGGUGGCUUGUCAUUGGGCUCUAUGGAUGGACGUUGGUGGGGCCGUACCUCUACCCCGACCGAUUCGGCUACUAAACCGGUACCGCGCGCGAUACCCCCACCUUUUCCGUUUCUCCCACCUCUCUUCCACACCCCAAGUUUUUGUGGUUUUUUUGUAUCUUGCUUUUUCUUCCUGCUUCGUGCGUGCGCCCCAAAUUUGAUUAUGAAUCUGCGUUUCCCCGUUUUCUUGGCGUUCGGGUUGUGUUUCCGCGUUGUGGUGUGUUGUUCGCGAGUGAGCGUUUAGGUUGGGGACUGGCAUCGUCUUUCGCAAGGCCGUUAUGUCAACGCGAGUAUGUAUC